CUAACGAAUACCGUCACACGUAUCUUAUGAAAUUUUGAAGUAAAAUGAAGAAACUUUCGUCUAUCUCAUAUAGCGUUGUAUUAUUUUAAUGUUUAUAAUUGGCUUAAACUUAGCAUUUUAGUGUAAUGUUAGCCUAUUUAUAUAAUUAUACUCCUAAACUUAGAUAUUUACAAUCAAUUUCAUACAGUUAAGAGCCAUGAAUAGGGUAAAACAAGAACUGGAAUCGGAAAAUUUGGUGGCGUGUCGUAUUUGCUUGGCUUGGGAAGGCAGACUCUUUGACAUCAGAGAAUGGGGUCUGGACCAGGUAUAUGAGGAGCUUAUGGGCACAACUCUGUCAGCAUGGGACGGGCUGCCGCAACAUCUGUGCGCGUGGUGCCGCGCGCAGCUCGCGCGGGCGCAGGCGCUGCGCGCGCGCUGCCGCCGCGCCGACUCGCUGCUCAAGCAGGCACUCAUGCACCAGCAUUUUAUCUCUAACAGCUACAUCCGAACUAUUGAUAGAAGAGCACAAAAACUAACACAUCCUUACUCUAAUCACAUUUCUAAAGAAACUAUAGAUAUUGUAUUUGAAGAAAUUAUUCGCACACCCAAAGAUGUUAAAGAUGAAUUAGAACGUGAUAUGAUAGUAGAUGAUGAUGAUGUUGAUAUAGAUGAUGAUCUAUUUCUGCCUAAUGAUGAUAUGAAACCAUUUGAUAUUAACUUUGCUGAUGUCUCACUAGUCAAAGAUGAUGAUUUAACAGAUGUUAGUCCAGAUAAGAGUAAAAUUAUAGUAGAAGAAGGUAUUCUACCUAAAAGAACAACCAGAAAACCAUCUAAAAGAAAAAAAGCAGAAGAAAUUGAGAUUGAACCUCCUAAAAGGAAAAGAUCUCAAAAGAAAACUCAAGAAAAGGAAUCAUCAGUUAAAUUCGUAGUUAAAAAGAAAGAAAAACGUUUAAAGAAGAGUAAAAUUAAAAGGGAAGAAGAUUACAAGGAGUUUGAGAAGAAAUAUGACUUCCAAGUGAAGUGUUUGACGGAGGAGGAGAUGGUGGAGGAUAUGGAGAGAAGGAAAUUGUCGGAUAAGGCCAUUAAGGGGGUGGUGAAGUGCCAGUUGUGCUAUAAAGGGUUUAUGAACAAUACUACUUUGGAGAAUCAUAUGAAGAUUGCACAUGAUCCGUCCGUGGGUUCAAACGAGUGCCACCUCUGCCACUCUCGCUACCGCUUCGCUGUGAAUCUCCGGCAGCAUGUACAGAAUGCACACCAGCUCAUGUUCAAAUGUAGGCAAUGCGGAGAGAUCGUGUGGGGCGAGUCGCACGCGGUGCUCCACGCCGGCAUACACGCAGGGACAACUCUGAAGUGCCGACAUUGCGACAAACAAUUUGUCAAGAAAACGACUCGAACGACACAUAUGCGUAUGGCGCACCCGGUGGAGAACGCGGCCGGCGGCACGUGCGAGGUGUGCGGCGAGACCUUCACCAGCCGCCGCGGCCUGCGCAGCCACAAGGCGCGCACACACAACAAGCAACUGCAGCCGUCGGUGCCGGGCUUGUUCUGCCGCAAAUGCCGCGUGCAGUUCGAGUCCAAGCAAGCCCUGCAGCACCACAAACAGCAGCAGGAGGGCCAGCGCUGCCACAACGACCACAGUGCGUGUGAGCAGUGCGGCGCGCUGUACCCGACCGAGGACGAGCUUAUCCGACACAAGCACGAAGCGCAUGGCGUGCAGCUUUUCACGUGCGACGCGUGCUCCAAAUCCUUCCUAUCCAAGGUGUCCCUGUCCGUGCACAUCGACCGCGUGCACCUGCACAUCAAGCCCGUGCGGCCCAACCGGCCCAAGCCAGCCGGCGAGCGUCGCGGAUCCAAGCCGAAGCCGAAGCAGAAAUUCAAGCUGGACAAUAUGUGCGAGAUCUGCGGCAAGGCUUACUCGUGCCUGGCGCUGCUGAAGACGCACCAGAUGCGGCACACGGGCGACCGGCCCUUCAAGUGCACGGAGUGCCCCAAGGGCUUCGUCACCGCCACGCUGCUCCGGGAGCACCGCGACAUCGUGCACGCGCGCCUGCGCAAGUACCGCUGCCCGGAGUGCCCCAAGACCUUCCUGCACCAGUCCUCCGUCUACGUGCACCGAGCUAUCCACACCGGGGAGAAAGCGUACGAGUGCAGCUUCUGCGGGAAGGCGUUCACGCAGGCCGGCACGCUGCACACGCACGUCAAGUUCGUGCACAUGAAGGUCAAGCCCCCGCCCAGGAAAAGGAACAAACACAUGGACGCCUAACCCACAUUUUCUCAAACUUGUAAUGAAAUGUUGACAUGACUUACGUCAAAUUAGGUCCGGAAAUACUACAUAUCAGGUGCGAUGAGUGAAGAUGAUAUGUAAAGGACUUUCAUACAGCCUUACACACCUAGGCCUGUAAGGCAACCUUCUUUUGUUUUUAAACGUCAAAUUAUGGCACGUCUUGGCAUUCAACCAUAAAAACACCUGUAAGCAAAAUUCUGCCAUUAUGUUUUUUUCCUUUUUUGUUUUUCUUUUUUGUGUUUGUUAAAUAUUAUUUCAGGGUUUUCUAAAAGGGGAACGAAAAUUUGAUUAUUUUUGCGCUACGACGCAUGGUUUACGAGAUACAGCCCUAUAAAGUUUUUUUUCAGUCAUGCAGAAAUCUUUAUCUCCUAAACCGUGCGUCGUAGCGCAAAAAUAGUCAAAUUUUCGUUCCCGUUUUAAAUAACCUCAAAGUAAUAAUAAUAAAAAAAAAAAACAAAGAAGAAAAGAAAGCGUAAUGGCAUGUGCCGUAGCGCUAAAAUAAUCACAUUUUUGUUCCCCUUCAAUAUCCGACGCACUGAAUAACCUAUCACAUUAGGACAUUAAACAAUCAUCAUCAUCAUAUUUUUUUUAUUUCAUUGCAAGUUUGAGAAAAGCACUAUACAAAUCUCGGCAAGAGACGGGGUUGUCGGCCGUGUAUCCCUACAGACUAUAUCUACUUGGCCUGCAACCCUUCGUUUCCAGUACUCUAUAGUAAUGUACUAUUGCGUAGUCUUGCAGAUAUCGCAGCGAUAUGAUUUGUUUUUUUUUUGUAAGUAAUACAGCGGAAGUCGGAAUAUGUACAAAUUAUAUAUAUCGCAGCCAUUGACAUAUCUAAGGACGGGCCUUACGGCCACUAAGAAUGGUGCUAGUUCAGCGGUGUCACUCACGAAUUCUAGCCAAUCGUGCAGUCUAACGCAACUAGUUGCAACCAAUCGCGUUGUGGCGUUAGACUGCACGAUUGGCUUAUUCUUACUCCCCGUAAAGCCCGUCCUUAGGAUAUAUGUCAAUGAUCGCAGCAAUAUGGUUUUUUUUUUGCCCUUCAUAAAGUCCGUCUAAGCUUACUUGAACAGAAAGUGUAAGAGUUGUUUGUUCGUCGGAGCGCCAAUAGUUCGAGGGUGAAAUGGUCACUUUUACCCGAGUUAAACACUCUACUUUUCAUUUCGACUAUUAGGAAAGUCAAACACAAGAAAUGUAGGUCAUAUCUGGAAUUGGCGCCAUUACAUUUUGAUCGGGAAAAAAAAAACGAAAACCAUAGACAAUCCGAUCUUAAAUUGGGAUGAGUCUGAAACGGCCAUAAUGUAUACGCGCGUAAAGAAAGUAAACUGAAUGAAUGGAUGUGAUGUAAUGAUAAUAUUUUAAACAUUCAUCGUUAUUUGUAUCGAUUUAUAAACAAAUAUUUAUGUUUAUUUCAUACAUUUAAAUAUUAAGUACAGAUAGGAAUGCAAUUGACAUCUAAUUUUGAUAGUACUUGGUCUGAAAAUGAGGAAGCUAAUAUGAGAGAUUUUAACUGAAUAAUAUGGCAUAUAUGACUGCUAGCCAUUGCUCCAAGUACAAAUUAAAAAAAAUACUUUCCACCCGGCUUUCAGCCUAUGAAAGAUGGACUUUCCAAAUAGGAGAGAUAAAAAAUAAUAUGUUAACUAUAGUCUGUAUCUUUAGGUAUUUAAAAAAAGGUAAACAAACAAUUUGUACAUUUUCGGGUAGUUUUAAUAUUUAUUGGUUUACCAAGCAAAUACAAAACCGCCUGGAUCUGUCACUGAACGACCUGACUUUAAACCUACUUUAUUUGAUCAUGUAAUGUUUUCAUCUACCCUUAACUGCCUUAAGGAGCCAUUUGAGGGUAGAUUUUGUUUACCUUUUUUAAAUACCUAAAGAUACAGACUAUAGUGGUUCGCCCCGAAUUGAGAACUUGCGGUUGGCGAAAAACUAUAUUGUGUAGAUGCUCUGUAUAUAUCCAUCAUGUAUAUUGUUAUUGUAAAUAAAGGCUUUUACCUAUUGUGUAGAUUCGUAUAGUUCGUGUGGACCACGGUGAUGCGCAGAUUUGUCAAAUCUAAGCUUUAAUAUCAUGGCGAUACAAGUCAAGGCAGGCGUUAUCUUGAAUGACACGACCUAUAUAUGUACGGUCACGUCUGAAAACAUCGACACGUUCGAAGUGCCAAAAAUAUGUCUACACUACCCUAAUAAUAAUAAAUGGGCCAUAAAGUCGUGUAUAGAUAUUUUUGCCACUUCGAACGCGUCGAUGUUUUCAGACGUGACUGUACACCUAUUUAAUUUUCGACACGAUUAAAUAUAAAAUAUGGAAUAUCAAGUUGGCUGCCGUUUUUUAGAAUUCCGAUUACGAAUAUAAAUUUAUGAAUGAAUUUUGAUUUUUUUAUGAAAAUUAUACGUCAAUUUUCAUUGAGAUCGGGUAAAAAAUGACGAAAUUCAAGAUGGCGGCCAUUUUUUACAGAUUUUUCUACGAAUUCAUAAACGGCCUUUCAGAUCGUCAGCAAUUAUCAAUGUAGUCAUGAAACCAAUGGAUUCAACAAAGAAGAAAAUCAAAGUGGGCUAAUUUUGCUUAUUAUUGACCCUCUUUUUGUAUUAAGGUCACGUUUGUAUUCCGAUCGCAGCUGCAAUACUAAGGCAGUUUUCCUAAUCAGAGAGCUAUCGUUUGUUUAAAAUUUCUCAGUCGUUUUAAAUUGUUGUGUUUUUUUGCCACUGGCAUAUCGUAUAUUUCUUUAGGGCGUCCGCAACGUCGCGCGGGUGCACGGAGCGGGCGCGUGCGCGUGGGUCUAUACUCUCUAUCUUUAGGUAUUUAAAUAAAAGUAAACAAACAAUUUGUAAAUUUUAGGGUAAUUAUAACAUUUAUUGGUUAACCAACCAAAUAUAAAACCGCCUGGAUCUGUCACUGAACGACCUGACUUUAACCUGCAUUUUUUGAUCAUGUAAUGUUUUCGUCCACCCUCAACUGGCUUAAGGAGCAAAUUGAAGGUAGAUUUUGUUUACUUUUAUUUAAAUACCUAAAGAUACAGAGUAUAGUUGUAGGUAAAAUCCGCAGCUUGCGUCCGCGUCUGUUAGCGGCGCUCAUACUAUUAGUCGUUGACCCGUUCAGCCGUGCAUACGCGCGAUGUUGCGGAUGCCCGUAUAAAAUAUGUGAACAUGUUGUACAAAAACAUGUUUCAAUAUAAGCAUAAUCACAUUUUUUGAUAACAGUAUUGAAUGAUUCAUGGUUAGUUUCACUACACCUGACUCGACCGGGAUAUAAACCGUGAUUACCUUUUAUAUUGUUUUUGAUCUCCCGAUAUUUCGACGCAGUUACGUGCAUCUUGUUCACGGGUAACUGGAGACAGCCGGUGGGUGUCAAAGUUGUGUAGACCGCGCACCGUCUACCCUCAUUCGUGAGCGUCGUUUGCGUUCGCUUUCAACGUUACGGUCGCGGUUUAUAUCCCGGAUUUAACAUUUAUUGGUUAACCAACCAAAUACAAAACCGCCUGGAUCUGUAACUGAACGACCUGACUUUAAACCUACAUUAUUUGGUCAUGUAAUAUUUUUGUCUACUGAGGGUAGAUUUUGUUUACCAUUUUUCAAAUACCUAAAGAUACAGAGUAUAGUUGGGUUCCAUAUUUAAUGUAACGACACACCCUUUUUAUGUUGGUAAGUACCUAAACAUUUCAAGUUUUGAAAUUAUUAAUCAUGAAAUUAAAUUAUUCGUGUAAUCUAUUUUAACUUUUUUUAUUAGUGUUUUAGUUUUAUUUUAAUGGAAUAUUUUUUUAUCUGAUUACAGAAUAUUUUUAAUUUAAUAUAAGUAGGGAGAGUAAAAUGUAAGCAUACAUUGUACACAAUAAAUAUUAUUUAUGAGA